GAUAUCCCAAGCUGCAUGCAUUCCAUUUCCCCCUCAGCUAAGCCGCAGCAAACCGGGGAUCGAGUUCAGUUGGAGAUGGAGUUGGAGCUCGGCCUUGCACUCCCUGGCAGUGAUCGGACACCGGAGCUGGGUGUCCACGGUGAGAAGAGGGCCAGCUUGUGCAGGAAGAGAGGCGUCGACGAGAUGUUAGCCAAGGCUACUUUGCCUCUGUUCAUCCAGAAGGACAACGACGAGGAUGGCGAUGACGAUAGCAGGCAAUCUAAGCAUUUGCAGGAUCUUAAUUUUAGUGGAAGCAGAGUUCUGGUUGGGUGGCCGCCGGUGAAAAUGUGGAGAAGGAAGAGCAAUAACUGCAGCAGGAGGAGGGCGAAUUGCGUGAAGGUGAACAUGGAAGGGGUAGCCAUAGGGAGGAAGGUGGAUCUCUCCCUCCAUGACUCUUAUCAGGCCUUCUUCCUCACGCUAGGCCAGAUGUUUCCCAAGAAACAACAUGAUGGAGAGGAAUCUGAUGCUGCUUAUUAUAAGGUUACCUAUGAGGAUGAAGAUGGAGACUGGAUGCUGGUUGGAGAUGUGCCAUGGGAAGCUUUCAUCCAGUCCGUGAGGCGUCUCAAGAUACUCAACUGAGCAAGAGCACAGGAAGGCAGAGAGGCCAUGUUUGUGCCGUUUCUCCAUGGCUAGAUCUUUUGUGCAUGUUUUCUGCGGAUGUAAUCCUUAGUAAAGCAGUCUAUUGUUCGUUUAUGAUGAACUCUAUGAUGUUGAUAUUGUAUAAA